CUAAUUGUUACUUACCUAAAAAAAAUAUAGAGGGCGGAGAGGCAUUCUCCUUUGCAGCGCAACUAUGGCGACGAUUGUGAAGAACACCGUGUUGAGCUUCGUGAAAGUUUCUGCUAUGGUUGGGUUUGGCUACGCAAUUGACGGUACUUAUAAGAGUCAGCUUCCCUUCGCCGUGAAGUUCCUGGUUUUAAUGGCGUGCUCUAUCUCUGUUGUGCUGGUAGUCAUGGUCGUGGAGUCACUCAAGGGAGGUCGGAAGCAGAGUCAGUCGACGAUCGAAGGGAUCACCGAGCCGGCGAAAAAGGAAAAUUGAUUUUCGUGCAUUUUCAGCAUCGGUUCAGUCUAACGCCUAACGGUGUUCACCUUUAACUAAAACAGCAAAGAACUGAAGAAUAGUUACAAAAAGAAUCAAAAGGAUGCAUGUUGCCGGGAUUCUGUAUUGAUUUAGGACAUCACGUACUUGGAAGCAUUGAAGCGGGAAGACGAGCUACACUGGUUGUGAAAUGCCAUCAAUAAAUGCAUCAAGGUUCGUUACUGACAAUCCGCCUUCUGCAACGGCUGCGUUGCAUAUAUCUCCAAGCUCUCUUGCUCUCUUCCUCAUUUGUUGGCCUGCUUUGCUUUCACUGUCCAUGAACUUCCCAACAAUUUGAGCAACCUCUUCUCUAGUUAUCUCGGUUUCUUGCUUUAGGUGUAUAUCGAUCUUGCACCCAGUCCGCCACUCUUCAACAAUCUGCUUGCUGUUGGCAUGGGAACCCCUGCAAAAGAUGCUUCAAGGGUCGAAUUCCACCCGCAAUGACUCCAAAACCCACCUACUGAAGAAUGGCUCAACACCUUCAACUGAUCACACCACGGCAAAACCAUCCCCUUCUUACAGCCACCACUCUGGUUCAGCCUCAAAGCUUCUGCACGAGCUAUCCACAGGUACCGAAUGCUAGCAGCUUCGAGACCUGCGAGAAUUUCAUCCAUUUGGGUGCUUGAAACUGAGAGGAAACUCCCCAAUGAGAUAUAUAGUACAGAGCCUUUUGGCUGGUUAUCAAGCCACUCCAUGUAGUCAGCGCUGGAGGAAUUCUGUUGUAGUUCCAAGUAAGGAAUGGCUGGCCCGAUUGGGUAGACCGGAAAUGUGAAAGUUUGUUUCAAGGAAUCCAUGGCUUGGAUUUCGAGCUCAUAUAAGGACGUGAAGAGAAGAUACUGUGCUUUUGGCACCUGGGCAAUGCACUCCAAGGCAAGUUCAAGCACUCUCAGAUCAUUCUUCUGGAAGAGUGUUCUCAGUUCAGGAACUCUUGAAUUCGAAAUACCAGGAAUCGAAUCCACUUUUUCUACAAUCAAUGGAAGAAGAAAUCAAAUCACUCACAAAUUUGGAUGUUGGGAUUUGAACAAAAAAAACCCAGAAUUUUGCAUUUACCUAACAGAUCCUUUGGCGGCGAACUCUGGCUUUUUGCAGCAACUUCCAGAUGAUACAACAUGGAAAAGAAGGAAGCUGACAUCGUCCAGAAAGCCGCCACUGGAAUAUUCCUGCGGUUGCCCACUCCCAUAGCCCAUCUGACUUCAAUGUCUCCGAUAAUCGCAGUCGCCGGAGGUUGGAGCUGAUCCAGGAGCUGUUCGAAGGGGGAUUCCAUCUCUGUCAUCACAGCUUCAUAGAAUCCAGGAAAGUCAACAGCUUUCAGGCGCUCUGGUGGAAUGACGUUAGCUAUGGUUCUAAACUGAACUAUCUCAGGCUUUGGCUCUGACCCUAUGUAGCCAAGCCACUCCUCUGUGAUCACAAAGGUGAUAAGAAGAUCGCUUCGCCUUCUUGAAGCUAGCAACUUGCAGAGGUUCAUCAUCGGAUUGAUGUGCCCUCUCCCUGGGAACGGCAUCGCCACCAGAUGAUGACAUACUUCCUUAGAUUCCAUACCAGGUGAGCAAUUCGUGCUCAAUUUGUGAAACUUGGUAGAACACUGAAAGAAAGAUAUCUCCUUUUCUCAAGAUAGGAAUAUGUAUUUCACAAAAAUGGCAAAAGCAUGCUAAAAAAAAUAGUCAAAAGUGCUGUGUGGGAGCUCGCUACCUACCGCCUUGAGAUUCAUUCACUUCAACGACGGUAACAAGCGGUUGAAAUGUCUGCGAUGCAGUCAUCGAGGUUCCUAACUUACAAGAGGCAUCAAAUAUUCAAAACAGAAAGGGGAAAGGCGAAUGAAUCCGUGUUGCAUCUGGAUUCUCAUGCUGCCGCUUUGCUGUGGAUCUAGAUUCGAGCUUCAUGGAGAAGACAUUGUGUGUAUGCUUAACACAAGCUGGAUGAAAUGUCUCUGAGAAAGCAUCCCAUGCCAGUAGCCAUGGACCCUCCAUCCGAACCAGCAUCUCUGGCCUUCCGCUGCAGCUCUUUUACUCUAGUCCACAUCUCUUUCACUUCGGCGUUCUCACAAUCCAUGAACUUCUUCACAAUUCCCGCCACUCGCUCUCUACCCAUCCAAGCUUCCUCCUUCACCUUCCACCCGAUCCUCCAAUCCUCGACGAUCACCUUGCUGUUGUGCAAUUGGUCGAUGCCGAGAGGCCACGUCAGCAUCGGAACCCCGGCAUAGAGCACGCAUUCCUGCACGGAGUUCCAUCCGCAGUGUGUCCAGAACCCGCCUACCGAAGGGUGGUGAAGCACCUUCAACUGUUCACACCAUGGCACCAUGAGUCCACUGUCGCCUCCCCAGGCCUUCUGCAGUCUCGUCGCCUCGCCACGAGCCACCCACAGGAACCGAACCCCGCUCUGGCUCAAACCUGCCGCGAUUUCCUCCACCUGUGUUGCUGGAAAGGACAAGUAGCUGCCCAUGGAGACAUACAGAACUGACCUCGCUGGUUGCAGGUCCAGCCAUCUCAGGUAGUCAAGUUGUUCGUCGCUCUCCGUUGCCAAACCGGAAUAUGGGACAACCGCAGGGCCGAUGGUGUAGAUUGGAUAUGCCAGGCUUUGCUUCAGAGCAUCCACAGCUUGGGGUUCAAUCUCAUACAUCGUGGAGAGCAGCAGGUACUGGGCUUUGAGAACCCUGGAGAACCCUUCUCGGAUUCGAUUUAUAAGUGAUUCGCUGUAACCGGUGAAAUGUAGAGGGAGAUCAGCGAGGCGUAUUGGAGAUACCCCGGGAAUGUAGUUCACUAGCUGAUGCCCGUUCUCUAGGAAGAAGAAAAAACAACGUUUCGAGAUGCAUAGUUAACAAAAGCAGACACAUACAUCAUACAUCCUCUGAAGUUGAAGAACAUAAAAGGCUGGCUCACCAGAUAACUUAACAGGGAAGUGCCCAUUCUGUGUGAAAAGGUCCCAGUGGUGGAAGAGUGAAAACACGGUGGCCGACAUGCACCAAAAUGACGCCACCGGAAUAUUUCUCCGGUUCCCCAAGCAGACGGUCCACGACAGGAGAGUAUCGGCCAUGAUGAGAGAAGCUGGGGGAUCCAACUGAUCAAGAAGCUGCUCGAAGUGGGGUUCCAUCUCUGUGUUCAAGGCUUGGAUGAACUUCUCCAUAUCCGCUGCUCGAACCAGCUCCGAUGGAAUGACAUUAGGUAUGGUUCUGAAACGAAUUUUCUCACUUCCUGAGGUCUCCUCUGAACCCAGAAAUCCGAGCCAUUCUUCAGUAACCACGAUGGUGACGAGAAGAGUAGUAUUGGGCUUGGAAACCAGUAGCCUGCAGAAAUUCAUCAUAGGAUUGAUGUGGCCACGGCCAGGAUAUGGCAGAGCCACAAUGUGACAGCAGCUUGGCGUGUCUUUCAUGAUUAUUGCUGGAUCUGUAUCUUGAAAAUAUCCUGGAGGAAAAGAAAAAGGACUUUGAAGAAGAGAACACGGUGAGUGGUGUGGAGUUGUGGAAUUAUCAGUAAAGGUGUAAAGGUCAGGCCAGUUAUAUAUUUGAUCAAAUAUUUCCUUUCUUUAUUGAUUUUAUUUUGUCCACAUGACACCGACAAUGAUCAUUUUAGGAUCUUAUCCACUAGCAAUUUCAUGUUACCGAAAAUUUAAAAUACACUGCCUGGCUGUUGUAGAGAAUUUGACUAUUUGAGGAAUGAUAAUGGCUUGAUUUUCAUUGACGUAAAG